GUAAUAGCAUCCUAUCUUUAAAGGCUACGUCGCGUGUCUUGCUCUGCUUCAAAAUGAAAAUAUUUACGCGCUCAACUCUUACGUGACAUCUGAUUUGUGCAUUUUGGCAUUUCGGCCGCGAAUAAACGCAUUUCGCACAUUUUUUACGAAAGAUAAACAAAAUCGACAGACUCGUCACUCGCUACAUUGAAUUAAAUUGUGAUUUAAUUCGAUGGCAACAGCGCCCUCCCUGAGCCAUCGUUUUUCUUAUUAUUCUGCACAUAUACAAAAGUGUAUACAGUGAAAUUGCAAGUAUGGUACAACACUGAUACGUGUUGAUUGUAGAUGUAUGUAACGUCGCACGCAUGCACACACCAAUACGAGCAGUUGGCCAAUUGAAAAUAAUGCAGCGAGCAACCUAUCUCGUGAAACGCUAAUAAAACUUGAUAGUUUGUUAUUCCGGUGCGUGCGUAGUUGAAUUUCGAGGCUGCUAUUUCCAUCGGACGUUUAAAUCGACCGAUGCUCAAGACACUUUUGCGUAUCUGAAUCGGAGCAUUCACCCUUGCUUCGAUAAGCGUCAAGAAGAACGUGUCUGGGAAUAGGUCAGCUUACAGGUGCUUCAUAAAAAUACCUCGAAGAAAGUUUAUGACGAGCUUAAUUUGAGCGUCCGCAGUCGACACAAACUGAGUUGGACGACUGAAGUCUUGUUGGCGUCGUUCUGGCCUUGCUCGAUUAUAAGAAAAACGUAAAAUUGUACGACGCAUCGCAGCAUCCAGAAAAUAAGACGCCUUCAGCAUAAUGGCGGAAACAAACGGAUCAACACUGGGUUCAAACGCGAGAAAUGAAAAUUUUAUCUGUGGUGUGGUUGAAGGAUUUUAUGGUAGGCCUUGGACUACAGAGCAACGCAAAGAUUUGUUCAGGAAGCUAAAAAAAUGGGGAAUGGAUUCGUAUGUGUAUGCACCAAAAGAUGACUACAAACACAGGGCUUAUUGGAGAGAUUUAUAUACCGUCGAAGAAGCUGAACAUCUGACAGGACUUAUUGUAGCUGCUAAGGAGAGUGGAAUAGCUUUUUACUAUGCCCUUUCUCCAGGUUUGGACAUUACAUAUUCAAAUGUAAAAGAAGUUGCUACUCUCAAAAGAAAACUGGAACAAGUCAGCCAGUUUGGAUGUCAAGCUUUUGCUCUUCUCUUUGAUGAUAUUGAACCUGAAAUGAGUAAAGCUGAUAAAGAAGUUUUUCAAUCAUUUGCCCACGCACAGGUCACAAUUACUAAUGAUGUUUUCCAACAUCUUGGUCAACCAAGAUUUCUACUAUGUCCUACUCAAUACUGUGCCACAAGAGCAGUACCCAAUGUUUCCUCUUCUGAAUAUUUAAAUACUUUAGGGAGCAAGUUAGCAAAAGAAAUAGAUAUAAUGUGGACUGGACCAAAAGUUAUAUCUAGAUUAUUGACAAUAGAGUCAAUAGAAGAAAUUACUGAAGUACUCAGAAGACCACCAGUCAUAUGGGAUAACUUACAUGCCAAUGAUUAUGACCAGAAAAGAGUGUUUUUGGGACCAUAUUCUGGUAGAUCGCCUGAUCUUAUUCCUAAGCUCCGGGGAGUUUUGACAAAUCCCAACUGCGAGUAUGGGGCUAAUUUUAUAGCUAUUCACACUUUGGCUCAAUGGAGUAGAUGCAAUGUUGAUGGAAAACGAGAUCUUAGUAUUAAUGACACAGUAUCAGCUGAUAUAAAACUUGAGACUGAAACGGAAGACGGUGUUGUUGGGGAAGAUGUCCCAUCAACUCUUUCCCCUAAUAUGUACCAUCCAAGACGAGCAUUAAAAAAUGCCAUCAUGGAAUGGCUUCCAGAGUUUAAUAAAAAACGCACUGCUUACGGGGUAAUAGCCAAACCUCAGCCACCAGUAGCCCCUACCAUUCCCGUUCCCAUCAUACCAUCAUUAAAUACAUGCAUGAGUUUGACGUCGGGUACUACUACGACGACUACAGCAUCAUCGUCGUCGACGUCACCCACGGUAUCAACGACCCCAUCAGGAAGCCUGGUUGCUCCAGCAGCAAUUGUUGCAAAUCAAGCAAACCACUUGCAAGCCUUGGCAGAGGUCUGUUCGAACGUCAUUGGUGUCGACAGCUUCCAGCAACCACCCCCAGGACCAGUCAUGAACUCUUUGGUAUCUGAAACAAAAGUCAUAGCUGAACCUGUACCUCUUCCAAGUGUUGUAGCAGCAGCAGCGGCAGCUGCCAUGCCUGGUUUAGUUGUUCCUUCUACUGAGCCUAUGGAUUGCAAUACUACUCCAAUUAGUUCACCUUCUCAUCGUUCUAAAACCCCCGCACAAGAGGACGAAGUCAUGGUCGAGAACAUAUCGACGAGUAGCUGUGCAUCCGGCAGUAUGCAGGUUGAAGUUGAAGGCCAAACAUCUCUGACUAACGGUACGCAAAUGAUCGUUGAGCAGGACGGUGAUCAAUUGGCAGAAAGUAACGACGGUCACCACGAAACUCAAACGAGCGAAGAAAUCGAUACGGACAAGCAACUGACGUGCGAAGAUCUCUCCUUGCUAUGUGAUUUGUUUUAUUUGCCUUUCGAGCACGGGGGCCAGGGUAUACAACUAUUGCAAGAGUUCAAUUGGCUCAAGAGCAAUGCUCAUGUAUUGAUUUACAAAUCUGAGGUCGAUGAAGAAGCUCGUAAAGCAGACGUAAGUCUUCUGCAAAAACAAGAACUAAAAUCAGUUGCUGAAUGGCAUUCUCGGGCCGCAAAAAUAAACGAUAUGAGCCUCGCUGUGAAUCGGCUCCUUCAGAGAUUGUCUUUUUGUAACAAUAGAGAAUUACUAUACGAUUUAUAUCCAUAUGUGUGGGAUAUGCGCGGUGUUAUAUCCCUUUUGAAUAGUUAUGUCAAGUGGCUCGCAUUUGCCAGAUUCCCAGCCACAAUCUCUACAUUUACCCAAGGAAGCUACACAUGGUUUUCAAAUGGUUGGAAAGAAACUUUUAUGAGUGGAGAUCAAGAACCUUGGGUUUUCAGAGGUGGCCUCACAGCAGAUUUGCAGCGGCUUAUACCAGUAGACAGUGGAAAUGAUUUAUUUGUGUACAAAGCACCUGAAGUGCCUACUCAUACAAUUUACACUAUUCGUCCAUAUCUUCCUACAGAUGAAGAGGCUGUUUAUUCAGUUUGCAAUCAAAUAAAUAACUCAAGUGCAUCUUCUGCUCUGGCUGAUAGGAAUGUCGGAGGAUACUUGACUUUGAGCCCAGAGUUCUGUAUGGUAAUAGAAGACGGCACUGAUAUCGUUGGAUAUGUCGUUGCAGCUCUUAAUGUUAAAAACUACAAUCAAAAACUAGCAGUAUCUUGGAUACCAGAAAUGCAAUUGAAACAUCCAUUACAAAGUAUACGAAAUGAUACAUCGGAUAACGAAAAAGAGGCGAUACAAUACUUCCACUCAUUCGAACCUGAUGUUCCGGAAAUUCUGUGUCGUCAGCAUCCAUCUAUAUUGUCAUGUGGACUUCUACCGACAAUCACGGAUCAAUCAGUUUCAAAACGAUUGAUAACUUGUGUACUAGCUGCUUUAAGAGCUAAUGGCUCGUUUGGAGUUCAUACAGUCAUAAAAGUUUCUGACAAAGAAACUCAUGAUUUUUAUUCACGAUUGGGUUUCAUCGAUUUAAUUCCGCCUUUGGAAGACAGUUCCACAGCAGUAUUGUGCAGAAACUUCUAACGAAAACCCAGCACAAUUAUUAUAAUAAGAAAAAUAUCAGAACCUGUCGGAAGCAAUUUGGGUUGUAAAUGAAUUAAUUUUUUUACUAAUUUAAUGUAAAUCAAGAAUUUUAUCAACUUACAAAAAAAUUGUAUUAUACAAUAAGUUCUCGGACAUAUAUCAAUGAAGGCAAGAACGCUAUGAAUAUUUAUUCAUUAUCCGUGCUCAAGUAUUUUACUUCCAAUGUGGUUAUUCUUUUUAAACGAAUAAUGCAUGUAAUUACUUUCCAUUUGGUAUUUUACAAAACUUGAUGUCGAUAUUCAUUUGAUAUUGACAAUGCAAUUUUUUAAAUGGAUAUUCCCAAUUAUUGUGUCAUGUGAUUAAUUGCUUUAAAAACACUGAAUAAAUUAUAUUAUGUACAUAGUGUUCAUUGCAUUAUUUUCACAGAUUGAAACAAAAUACUUGAAAGUAAAAGUAUUAGUGAUACUAGUAAAAUGUUUAAGAAACGGUAAUGCAUCCCGGAAAAAUUGUAUCAAAGUAGUGAAUUGUUUAAUCAUAUAAUGCGUAUUUCAGUUGUAACUACUAUCAAAAUUAAAAAUUGUUAAUUUAAUAAUUUUGUAAAAAUAUUCAAAGUUUGCAUGAUACUUACAUAAAUUUGUAAUUGUUUUAGUUAUUUUCAAACUAUUCUUACGAAAAUCAUUCAACUUGAUUUAAAAAAAAGGAAAUUAAAAGCUUAUCCAGGAAUUUUAUAAGCAAUUUUGAGGAUUAUUCUCGGUCUCAUUAUUAACCGAAAUAGAAAUUUUUUAAAUGCACUAUUAAUACAGCUAUUAGAAAAUUUGUUUUUUAUUGUUUAUAAAGUUUAUCAGAUUAUAUAAUUAAUUUUUAAAGUUUUUUAAAUAGGUACAAUACAUUGUAAUCUUUAUGUGUAUCUAAUUUAUUCUCGCUUUACUGAAAUAUAAAAUGUAGCAAAACAUGCAAAAAUAUUGCUAUUUAUUUCGUAGAAUAUUUCGAGAUUUUCUCGAUAAAGUUAUUUUUUCGAGAAUAUAAUUUUUUACUUUCUACAGUUUUAGCAAAUAAGUAUCAUGUGUAAGUCUUCAUUAUACAAUAAUUUGAAUAAAAUUGAAUGCAAAAAUA